AUGUCGGAAGAAUUACAAAUAUAUCGAAAUUACGCGAAUUUUGUAAAACGUUUUCUCAUUGUUAGUGGAAUAUAUCCGAUUAUGAGGGAGCGAAACAUCAUUUAUCGAUGUAUAUUAUUUUGGUCGAUACUUUCUUGUUCUAUUUCACUUUGUACCAUAGGGAAUUUUUGCCUGCAGAAUAUUAAGGAUAUUAGUUUGCUUACCGCUUCGUUCAUGGUUUUUGCGACCAUAUCAAAUGUGGUCAUAAAGGUUUGCUUCUUUUCCAUCUAUCAAAAUAAACUGCAACAAGUAGAUGAUGUACUUGCUUCCUUGUUGGAAGAAGCAUUAAGUGAAGCACGCUUAAAAUCGCUGGCCUUUUCCUGCCUUCGAAUAUUUUAUCGAUUGAUUUAUAUGCAAACUAUACUAAUGGCGAUCACUACCAUUAUUUAUCUACUUAAACCAUUGAUUAUAAAGACGCUUUACGAUAAAAAUAAUACAAUGAAUGUGCAAUAUCCUUUACCUCUUCUUGGAACUUAUCCUUGGACGAUUAAUUCAACGUUAAUAUGGAAAUUACAUUAUCUGUUCGAGGUGAACAUUGGUUGGUUCAUAGUCUCUGUAUCUACUGGUGUAGACUCAUUUUACGGCUUUUGUAUAUUUCGUAUGUCGACGAUGUUACGUUUGUUGUCUUUCGAAUUUGAGACUAUAUUUUCAAGUAGCGGAGAAAAUAAGGGGAACAAGGGUUACGAGGCAAAUCGUCAACGAAUCUUUCAACAAUGGGUCGAUAAGCAUGUUUUGUUGUUAAAAUGCCGUGACAUUAUCCAAGAGGCUUACGGACCUAUUAUUUUAUUGAUAACCGUAACAAACGCAAUUGGCAUAUGUACUUUAAUAUUUCAAUUGUUCCAGAUAAGUGAGAUAAGCAUCAGUAAAAUCGUGCAGUUCGUCAGUUACUUUUUCAUGAAAUUAAUACAAACGUUUUUAUAUACUUGGCCUGGGGACGUAAUCCUUACCGAGAGUGAGCUUUUGCGCUACAAAGUUUAUUGUAGCAACUGGUACGAAGACAAGAAUAUUAGUCUCGUGAGAUGUUUUUUGUUAGUGAUAGCACAAAGACCGAUUAUUCUGAAGGUGUGCGAUAUAAUGAAGGUUUCAUUGGAUCUUUUUGCUCAGGUCUUGAACACGGCAAUGUCCUAUUAUCUUUUAUUGCAAACGAUCGAUAAUGAUAAGUAA